AUGGCCCUUGGUAUGUCAUGUUGUGGGCGGCUCCAUACACUAUUGACACCAGACAGCCACGGGAAUCGCAGGUGCCAGCGCAGCCGCCGCCUACCUCGACGCCAAGUAUCACAUAUCCAAGGAUGUCACUACGAUCCGACAGCAGAACCGCCUCAUGAAGCUGGUCCAGGCCAAAGGUCGGUUGUUGUCCUCUGGCAGUAGCUACUGCGCUGUUUCGAUACUGAUUCAGUAAUCAUUGGUCUGCAGCUCAGCAGAACAAGCAAUCGCUAUGGUACGACUUCGAGCAGCAAGCCCUGAAGCUUCAGGACCAGCCAUGUAUUUGGUAUCGCACCGAGCCAACCGAACCACCUACCAUCUACACUUGGACAGAGACAUACCGAACCGUCAAUCGCUUCGCUCACUUCCUGCUCGAAAAUGGCGUUCGGCCCGGCGAUUUCAUCGGCACGUACCUCCAAAACUCCCCCGAACAUAUGCAUGGUCUGCUGGGCAGCUGGGCAAUUGGCUCAGCGCCGGCUUGGAUCAAUUACAACCUGGGCGGCGAAGGCCUGCUACAUUGUUUGAAAGUGGCAGGCUGCAAAGUGCUGCUUGUGGACGCGGAGGAAGGUUGUCAACAACGCAUUCAAGAUGUCGCGGAGAAGAUCGAAGAGCUGGGCAUGCGGGUGAUUGUGUUGGACGAGGAAACCAAGGCCAGAAUCACGGCUUGUAGCCCCGAGCGAUUGAGAGAUGACUACAGGGGCGGCGUGACAGGCGACUUUCCGGCCUUUCUAUUUUACACCUCAGGUGAGUAGACUGAUGGAGGUCCAUCUUCCAUUCUGGACACUCACUCACCUCUGACUCUUCUCUCUUCAAGGCACAACCGGGUUUCCAAAAGCCUGUCCGUUACCCACAGCGCGAGCACUGUGGUUUGGCGAGCCGCGGCUGAGAACUACGGGCUUGAAGCCGGGAGACGUUUGGUACGAUUGCAUGCCUCUUUAUCACGGGACGGGCGGAACCACCGCCAUAUGCUGCAUGGUAACUGGAGUCACCCUUGCCAUUGGUCGGAAAUUCAGUGUCCGCAAUUUCUGGAAAGACGUUCAGGAUUCCAACGCCAAUGCAUUCGUGUACGUUGGCGAGACAGCGCGCUACUUGCUAGCAGCGCCCCCGUCACCUCUAGACAAGGAUCACAAGCUGAAGGCAAUGUACGGCAACGGCAUGCGACCCGACGUAUGGUUGAAAUUCCAGGAGCGUUUUGGUGUGCCGACUGUGAACGAGUUCUUCAAUUCGACUGAAGGCAUGCUAACGCUACUCAACAAUUGCCGAGGCCCGUUCCACGUCGCACAUGUUGGACACCAUGGCGCCAUUCUACGAUGGAGACUGCGUAAUGUCCUCGUUCCUGUAGCAAUUGAUCACGAGAAGGGAGAUGCGAUAUGGCGCGAUCCGCAGACCGGCUUCGCAAAGCGGAACAGCUACGAAGAAGGUGGCGAGAUUCUCGUCGCUUGUCAGAGCGAGAAGGCUUUCUGUGGCUACUGGAAUAACCCCGAAGCCACUGCGAAGCGGUUUGAGCGCGAUGUGCUGCGGAAGGGAGAUCUCUACUAUCGGACUGGCGAUGCUCUGCGGCGAGACACAGACGGCCGAUGGUUCUUUCUGGACCGUCUCGGGGACACGUUCCGUUGGAAGUCGGAGAACGUGAGCACAGCACAGGUCGCCGAAGUGCUGGGUCGAUUUCCCGGAGUGGUGGAAGCCAACGUCUACGGCGUGGAGGUGCCGGGCCACGACGGGAAGGCCGGAUGCGCCGCGAUCUUCAUCAAGGCCGAGGAACGAGGGAAUUUCGACUAUUCUGGCCUCCUGGCGCACGCGAGGAAAGGCUUGCCGCGCUACGCGGUCCCCGUCUUCCUGCGUGUGAUUCGCAAGCCGACACCGAUGCACAACAACAAGCAGAACAAAGCGCCGCUCAGGAAAGAAGGCGUGGAUCCGCAGAAAAUCGCACAGGGCGACGCGGGCAGGGAGGAUGUCGUGUACUGGACCAAACCAGCUGCCAACACUUACCAGUCCUUCUCGCAGAGCGACUGGAACGCCCUCGUCGCAGGCAAGGUGCGACUGUAA